UAAACAGACAACAAGAUGGCAUCACACCCGGGAGGAGGCGAUCAAGGCCAGACCACAGACCAGAUACUGGAACUCGGAGCCGUUUUGUUAAAAGAUUUCAUCUACGAGCGGGUCCAGCGACAUGGAGGUGGCAAUACCGUGACCAGGACCCAGCUGGGUGCAGUAGAGCUGCGUGACCCCAACCACAAGAAGCUGGGCCAGUGCCUGCAGCAGAUUGGAGAUGAGUUGGAUGGACAUGUGGAGCUUCAAAGAUUGAUAGCCGACCCUUCGCUCAGUCCAACGAAAGAAAUCUUCAUGAAAGUUGCCGUUGAGAUCUUUUCAGAUGGAAAGUUCAACUGGGGCAGGGUGGUCGCGCUGUUCUACUUCGCCUGUCGACUCGUCAUCAAGGCUCUCGUGAUCCACAUCCCUGAUAUCAUCAGAACAAUAAUCAGCUGGACGAUGGACUACCUCCAGGAAAAUUUGAUCAACUGGAUCAGGGAGCAAGGUGGCUGGGAGGGUAUUAAAUCCCACUUUGGCACGCCCACAUGGCAGACGCUGGCAGUCUUCCUGGCCGGCGUUCUCACCACGGUUUUAGUUAUUCGCAAGAUGUGAGGAGUUUGUGUGAGCAGACGUGUGAAAGAUGGAAGGAAGAAGUACGCCUGAGGUUCAUGGGGACGGGAACAAGAACAUCUGAAUGCCAGCGGGGAAGAAGCUGCGGCAGAGUUAACAAGUUGCACGGGAGGAGCUUGUAUUCGGACACUCUUGGUUUUCUGCCUCCCCGUUCAUUUCCAAGGACCGGGAGUUGGACCGAACGCUUCGUCGCACCCGUAAUCCCGACGCCACGGAGGAAGAUGGCCGGAGCGUGAUCACAUGCACAAAGUGCGUGUGUGUGUGUGUGUGGCGGGGGGGGGGGGGUUGAGGUGGCGAGAUUGGAUGACUUGAACAGGGAAUGCCUUUUUAUGUAAUUUAUUUUGUACUCUGUACACACACACACAGUCAUUUUCAUUCUCUCAUCGGCCCUGAAAGAUAUGGAGCGAAAUGUUUCACUUCAAUUUUCGAUUUCACUUUCAAUUUUAUUUGUCAUUAUUUUGUUUUUGUUCCACUCUGAUUGCUUUUCUGAUCUCCAUCCGCCUCAUCGGGGCGCUAGAACAUCCAUUUUCAUUUGUAUUUGUGUAUGUCGACUGGUGUAAAUCUGCAACGCUCUGCUGGCAAAUGUUGGAGGGGUGACAUCUUUGGGUCACAUCUACCAAUUAUUUGAUGAAGCGGAAAGACAAAUCAUCUACGAUAAUAUUUGGGCUCAAAUACCCCCCCCCCCCCUUCUUUUCAGUGGAUAACUUAAGUGCCACAACAGGGAUUUUAUAUACAAAGUUAUGUUUACAUUCAACAUGAAUCAUUCUUUCUGUUGAGACGGUCGCAUGAACUCAGCGAAAAAUCCCGUGCAACAUUUAAUCAUAAGCUCCUUUUUCGGGCGUUCCGACCAGCAGCGUGACCUUUCAGGAGAAGCCGACCCUGCGCGGCGGCGUUUACCUCACGUCACAAAGAUCCAAAGUACUGUACGUCUACCGGCGAUAUUCUAACAGCAAUUGUAGCUUCACAGAAAAAAAACCCGGCUUUUUUAUACAUUCUUCUCGUGUGUCAGUGCCUUUGUGUUUUUUUCUUUCUUUUUUUUAAACUCUGGAAUCACUUUGAUAUUCUUAAAUUUUCACCAUUUUUCUAUCACGCUUAUGAGGCUGAAAUUAGUUUCCGUUCCCCCUGAAAAUCAUUUUUGCUGUGAUUCUUGUCUGUUGUAAUAUGAGAAAUAAAUCUUUUAACGCUGA